UAAUCAGCCUUCCUCUUGAAACAGCAAUUAUAAUCACGAUCAUUAGCUCGCUGAUUGAUAACUAACAGUGGUCAUAAUCAUGGGAAGGCUAGUGACAACACUGCUCGUGCUGUGCUUGAUCUACGUGACGACAUGUUCGCUCUCGACGCGCACGGCGGCGUUCCGCGCGCACGACCUCCGGCGAGGUCUAGAGCAAGCCAUGCGCGGCCGCCUCCUCGCCGACGCGACGCCGGCAGGAGGCUCGGCCGUGCCCAUCCACUGGUCCAGACACCUCUACAACGUGGCGAACUUCACCAUCGGCACGCCGCCGCAGCCCGCGUCGGCGAUCAUCGACGUCGCCGGUGAGCUCGUCUGGACGCAGUGCUCGAUGUGCAGCCGCUGCUUCAAGCAGGACCUGCCCCUGUUCGUCCCGAACGCGUCGUCCACCUUCCGGCCGGAGCCGUGCGGCACCGACGCCUGCAAGUCCAUCCCGACGAGCAACUGCUCCAGCAACAUGUGCACCUACGAGGGCACCAUCAACAGCAAGCUGGGUGGGCACACCUUGGGCAUAGUCGCCACCGACACGUUCGCCAUCGGGACGGCGACGGCGAGCCUCGGCUUCGGGUGCGUCGUGGCGAGCGGCAUCGACACCAUGGGUGGACCUUCCGGUCUCAUCGGGCUAGGGAGGGCGCCGUCGUCGCUCGUCUCACAGAUGAACAUCACAAAGUUCUCGUACUGCCUGACGCCCCACGACUCCGGGAAGAACAGCCGGCUGCUCCUCGGCUCCUCCGCCAAACUGGCCGGCGGCGGCAACAGCACCACGACGCCGUUCGUCAAGACCUCGCCCGGCGACGACAUGAGCCAAUAUUACCCGAUACAAUUGGACGGGAUAAAAGCCGGCGACGCGGCAAUCGCGCUGCCGCCGAGCGGCAACACCGUCCUUGUCCAGACCUUGGCGCCGAUGAGCUUCCUGGUGGACAGUGCGUACCAGGCCCUCAAGAAGGAGGUGACGAAGGCCGUCGGCGCUGCGCCGACGGCGACGCCGUUGCAGCCUUUCGACCUUUGCUUCCCGAAGGCGGGGCUCAGCAACGCCAGCGCGCCGGACCUGGUGUUCACGUUCCAGCAGGGCGCCGCCGCGUUGACGGUUCCGCCGCCGAAGUACCUGAUCGACGUCGGCGAGGAGAAGGGCACGGUGUGCAUGGCGAUCCUGAGCACGUCGUGGCUGAACACGACGGCGUUGGACGAGAACCUCAACAUCCUGGGUAGCUUGCAGCAGGAGAACACGCACUUCCUCUUGGAUCUGGAGAAGAAGACGCUCUCCUUCGAACCUGCAGACUGCAGCUCACUUAUCUCCUAA